UAUGUGGUAUAUUUAAAAGCAAACUUAUGCAGUCUACGAUUCACAGCGAUAAAUGCAGAUUCGCUCAUUUUCACAUAGCUAAUAUAAAGCACAAACAGGUAUAGAUCCCAAGGGUCUAAGCUCCAUGACUACAAUACAAAUAUUUGCUUCUAUUGUCAUGUUUCUCAAACACAUAUGUUAAUGCAGUCUCAGUCAACCAAUGUAAUGUAUUUCGGAUAAGCGUUUGCAUGAUAACAACUCUGGGCUAUCAGACUAUAACACAUUUUAGCAGAGAUUAUUUUUCUAUUGUGCCACCUUUCAAAAAUGGAGGAAGUAACCUUUGUAUCACCGAGAUGAUGGGUAAAGCAGUGUUUUGCAUAGUUGUAUUAGACCAACAAGAAAGCACCGAAGAGAACGCAAGCCUCAAUCAGUUGAAGUUGUAGCCUUGCAAUAGUUCCGGGAAUCGAAACGGAACAGUCAGCGCAGUAGACUGGCACCAGAAGAACCGUAAGUGAUCAUUUAGAAGGCAUGACAGAAUCCACAAACAGAAAAACUUUUCUGGAUAACAAUCAGGUUAAAAUUAUAAACAAGCUGAGAGAUGUGGAUGCUAUGGUUAACUACAUGAAGGAGAAAAAUGUUUAUACUCCACAACUGGCAAAUACAAUUAUUGCCAAGAAUACCAGAGAAAAUCAAGUUCGAACAGCUCUGGAAUGUCUGAAUUGUUCAAAGCAUUAUGACUUAAUGUUUAAAUGGCUAGAGGAAAAUGAGUCUGGUUUAAUGGAAGAUUUAGAUUGGACCUCAUACCAUGAAGGACCAGAGAGAAAGAGGCCCAAAAUCCAGGAAGAAGCUGUGACUGAAACAGACAGUUGUGUCAGUAAAACAUUUGAUCUCAAGACCACCUCCACUUUUGCCAAAUUGGAAGAAUGGGUCUCCAACAAUGAAAAUCUGAUCCAAAACUUGGAAAGUAAACUUUCUACAACUGAAAUGAAAAAUUUGGAAAAAAACCUAAAAAAUAAGAGAUUAAAGAAAAGUUUAUGUUUUAAUACUGAAGAUGUAAGGAAGAUUACGAGCAACAGAAAACUUGAAUUGUUUCUUGCUUGCAAUACAAAUGCUACAUUUCCUGAUCUUGCAAUACAGCUUUUCUUUGAGAACGACUUAAGAUGUGUCUCGCCAGCAAAUGAUUCCUUGAUUGAGAAAGAUAUGGAAGGCUGCACUGAUGAUUACAAGAAGAGUGUCAAACAUGCAGACAGUGGAUAUGAAUACAGAUGUAGUUCAAGUGAUAUUAGCAAUACAUCUCUUCACAGCAAACAUUUACCACAAAAUGUGAACCUGAUAAGGUCUGAAGACACGUGCAUGAAAAACAAAGAGCACUUUGAUAAGCUACCUGUAUCUGAACCAAAAUUUCAGGGUGGAGAGUCAAACAUAAGAGAGCAAAAACAAGACCUCCAUGGUGCCUAUUGCCAAAGAGAACUUGAUACUGAACAGCCAGCAGCGUUAGAGGGCACCAUGGACAAAGAUGACGCACACCUAGAGAAACCUGUGGACAUACAGAAUACUGUGGGUGAACAAAACAUGCAGUUUGACAACAACAUGGUCAACAUUGGGCCAAAGGGCCCAAAUAUUUGUACCCAGGGGAGACGUGAACUUCAGCUCACAGAUACACCAGAACUUGAGAUGGGUCUUAAUGCAUCGGUAGAAUCAGAGCAGAUGAUGCCACAUAUCGAAGGCAAAGUCAGAUUCUGUAGUACACCAUUAAAUAGUUCAAAACAAAUAGCACAAAAAAUCCAGACAAGACAACCUCAGCACCAAAGAAGAAUUGACAAAGCAAAAAAUAAAAAGGAUCUGCUCCAUAACUGGGCAAAGAAAAAAUGCAGCAAUGAAAAAUUAAAAAAUCCUCUUGACUGUAUCUCAAUUAUAAACAAAGCAGAACAUAGUGUGUACCCAAUUUUUGUUGCAGACACCAUCAUGGUGUAUAAGAACCCACAGUCUGAUGAAAGACAAAUAAUUUUUGUCAGUGAUGAAAAUAAAAAGGUUCUUCCAAAAGCCAUUAAAACCUUUCUUAAUUAUCAGAUGUGGGUGUGUGGCAUUAAAAAAACAAUACUCAUAAAAAAAGUGAAAGAUGAGGAACAAGAACAAGAGAUUAAUUAUGAACAGUUUGAUCAGAUUGUAGAUCUGUGCCAAAGGUUUAUUUUGGAAGCCUUUCUCCCUGCUUUUGCAGUAUUCAAAAAGCUUCAGAAAAAAAGCAAACUGUAAUCUUUCAUUUCUCAAGGUUAAAGAGGGACCUUCCACCCAGUAAAUAUCUGUAAUCAUGUUAACUGACUUACCAUAUUAACUUAAUCCUUCAGAUUGAAAAAUGGAAUUUCUAAGAUGUGGGAGUUUUUUCUGUCCUUUUGUUUCUGUAUUCUUGUCUUUUCUUUCCAUAUUCUAUUCUAUCAUUGUGUAAUAAGUCUUAGUAAUCCCUUCUAAUAAACAUCUACAAUUCCCUUGGAAAUGCAUGUAUUGUCUCUGGAUAUUGGCUCAAUGUAUUUGUAGUCAAAUUAAUAAAAUGCUCUUAUGGAA